AUGCCGCUCUUGUCGGGUCGUUCCUUCUCGUCGGCUUCGAGGCCGUCAUUCGCAUCCUCACUCUCGCACUCCCAUCCUCUCUCAUCACGCUCUUCUACCGCGCGUCGCGUCGUCUCUUCAAUAGCCAUCGCGACCUCUGUUCGCGACGCCUCUGAUUUUGUCGACCUGUGCCGCCUCUAUGGAUACGAAGCAGAAGAACAUGUCACCCAGACGAAGGACGGAUUCUUGCUCGGCCUGCACCGAUUGGCGUGGAAGAAGGGCGAGGAGGGCAAGAAGGUCAACAAUGGACCCAACACCGCUCCCUUCCCUUUUGUUCUUCGUCGAGCAGGGGCUAAGAUGUUCUGGCUGGGGAACACCCGAGGCAACAAGUACUCGAAAAAGUCAGUCAAGCACUCGCCAACAUCCCUGGAGUUCGGGAACUUUUCCAUCGAGGAGUUUGCAUUCCACGACAUCCCCGACAGCAUUUCGGCACGGGGCCAAGCUUUCGCGACAUUGGCCAUCCACCCCAAGCUGAACGGCCAGGUCAAACGUGUUUUAUCGCGCUGGCGCCCGCCAUGUCGCCUGCCGGCCUGUCGAACGGUAUCGUGGACGCACUGGUCAAGGCGUCCCCCGCAGGUCCUCUUCCUGCUGUUCGGUCGCCGGUCGAUCCUCAGCUCGGCUACCAUGUGGCAGUCGAUCCUGUACCCGCCCAUCUUCGUCAAGCUCAUCGACUACGGGCUGACGUUUCUCUUCAACUGGCGGACCAAGAACAUUACCGUCAGCCAAAAGUUGGCCGCCUACCCGCACUUGUACUCGUUCACCAGCACCAAGAGCGUGGUGCACUGGUUCCAGAUCAUCCGCAACAAGUCUUUCCAGAUGUACGACGACGACGUGCAGCAGCACAUGUCGCUGAACACGUCGAGCAAGUAUACCAAGGUGGCCAAGUACCCGACGCGCAACAUCAAGACGCCGAUCGUGCUCGUCUACGGCGGCAGCGACUCGCUGGUCGACAUCAAGGUGAUGCUGCGCGAGCUGCCUCCGCAGACGGUGGCGACGGAGAUCCCGCACUACGAGCACCUCGACUUCCUAUGGGGGCGCGACGUCGACCAUCAGGUGUUUCCGCACGUGUUCGACGCGCUCGACAACUUUACAGACCCGCAGCACUCGGCGGAGGAGUUCGCCAAGUAUCAGAUGGCGCGGGAGGAGAGCCUCAUCGAGUCGGGUGCUGCGUACCACGGUCACGCCUCCCGCGCAAGCGACGCCUCAACGAGCGACCUGUCGACGCUGGUGGUAGAAAAUGGCCAGAAUGGCACUCGGCCCGUGACGCCCACGACGCCCGUGCAACAGAGGUCACGAGGGCGGCCGUCGGGCAUCCCGUCGCCGCAGAACACGACGCGCGCGCGGACAGCGUACCAGCACCAGCACCAGGCGGUCGAGCACAGGCCGGCAUCGUCCGACGAUGGUGCGGACUCGCGACCCUCGACGGCUGAUCAGCAAACGCUGGACGGGGCGCAGGAGGUCAAGGAGUCGCCGGCGACGAAGCUCAAGGGCAUUGGCGUCCGUCGGGGCAGUGGCGGCAGCGCGCUGAGUUUCGAGGGCGGGCGCGGGAUUAACAUUGGCACGGGGAAAGCACCGGGCGUCUCUGGGCUGGUGACGACGGGAGGCAUCGAUACCAAGGGCGUCAUAAACGCCAGCCCGGUGUCAGAGGCGAGGAGGAAGAAGAAGAAGACGUGAGAGCACAUGUUGACUUGAGACAGUAGGUUUUUUUACUUCAGUAAAGCGCAUACAUGGCGCAGAUCCCCAGGGAUAGGAGCACACAAUAAAGAUGUAA